AUGGGCGUCGACAAGAAUCCUUUCCCAAAUGCUCAAGUCAACAUGGUGAAUGCUAACUUCCCAAGGCCAGACCAACCUAGGCCUAGGUUGGACUUGGGUGGCUCAGCAAGGGCUGCGGCAGAAAGAAGGGCAAGGGAAAUUCCGGCGGAUCCUAAGGCGAAGGGCAAGGCUAAAAUGUACCCUGAGAUGGCCAAAGUUCCCGAGACAAAGUUUCGACCAAGGAAGAACCUCCAAAGGCCAUUGUGCUAUGUAGUCGAUGCCAAUGUGAGGUGA